UAUUGUAAACGUUGUUUGGUAAAUUCGUAUACAUUAGGCCUACAUCGUUAAACUAAGAGACUUAUAAACUCGACUAAACAUUCGUUUCCACGGAGUAUCGUGAAGGAAUUAUUAAAUUUUGUACAGUUAAGAAUUUUGUAAAAGGACAAAUCUAGCAAAAGUGACAAUCCAUUAACGCCAGACGUACGUUGUUUUUUUAAACGAAAGGCUUAACCAAAUGUAUAAAUCUAUUUUUAUAUCUCUCGUACAGUGAUAUGGUGUCAGUAGAAUAUUAUACAUUACUAACGAUAUCCAUUAUUCUCUAGUCGAUUGUUUUUUCUAGUAAUAUUCAAAUCAAAAUCAAUUAAACGUUCAAGGUCAUCGAGGAUCAUUCCUCGCUACACUUCAGCCUUGAGUGGCCAAAACAAAAGUGCUUUCACAUCAUAAAAUUUCUCUGUUCAUUUCACCCCAAUGAUUCAUAAUGAAAAUACAUUUCACACAUUGAAAAGGUUUCUCUCUAAACAAUAAUAUAGAAAAUCAGAGAGAAACAAAUUGAACCCCCUUCUGAAAUUAAACUAAAAGAUUAACACUCAUUCAAAGGAAUCAAAAUGGUCCUAUGUAUAACACUAAGUUUUAUUUUUUAAGACACAACUUUACAUUCCAUACAGAGACAUUGUAAUCCUACUUCAAAUAGUUAUCGCAAACUAUGAAAAGAAACAUUGGCUCUGGGUUGUUAUUUGUGCCAAUACAAUGUAAAUACUUCAAACGUGUAGGUAGCAGUUAACAGAAAAAACAUAAUCGAACUGUGAUGAAAAUGUAAAUACGUAAGAAUAACGGUAGUUGAUGAUUGUUUGCUGCCAAACAAAAGUCAGUGCUGUAAAAUUGUUGACAAUUUUAUUUAAUUAAUCGAUACUAAGAGAACAAGGAGAACGUUGAACAAGGAGUUUCUCAAUUCAAAUUUUAUUUAAAUUGUUUAGAUCCGGAGAGUCUGAAAGAUAAAUGCAAAAAUAAUACGUUAUGGAAACUAAACGAUAAAUUCUAUUUCUACCAGAUUAAUUAUUUAAUAUAUAUAUAUAUGUUUAUCUCUCUAACGAGAAUAAAUAAACGCUAUAAACAAGCAAUAUCAGUAAAGUGGAGUAUUUACUUCGACUAAAAUCCAACGUUUUUGAAAUAAUUAAAUCCUUUUCGAGAGUAUCUUUUACAGCACUGAAACUGUUCAAUACAAGAGACAAGUAACUUUGUCCUACGCCAAACUGUACUUAGCAAACGCGUUGAGAUAAAUGAGUAUUGUUGUAAAGUUCUGGACUCGAUGUAAACUUUGCAUGCUGACUGUUGUAACAUCUCAAUAAAACAACUUCAGAAAAGAACGUUCGCGUAAUCAAACUACUGUACUUAGGGACAAAUAAAUAGUCAUAGAAACAUUCGAAUGAAUCAAUUGACACUCUAUUUGAUUAACAUUAAAGUGAUGCUAAUUAUAUAGUUAUUAAACGAAAAAAAAAAGAAGGGGAAAAAAUUGCCGCGGUCGAGAUUCGAACCCAAGUCGUCCGCGCGCGAGUCUAACGCUCUAGCCACUGAGCCAAUCGUAAUCUGUAGCUGUGCUUUUAAAUUCGAGACCAUCCUAGCACAUGGCGAAACUUUAUAAACUUUGACAAUUAAUAUUACGAAACCUAAAGCCUAAUAACGCGAAAGCUUCGAGUGUUAUAAUGUUUAUUACUCGUAGAAUAAACAUAUAAAUCGUCACGUAAAUCUACGAUCCCAUGGUUCUUUUAAGUGUAACGAUCGAACCUAUAUAACCUAUAACCUUCUCGAUCUAUAAUUGUCUCCUCAACCCCUGCUGGUAAGGGAUGCUGAGCGAGUUCGUCACGUGCGUCCAUACAUAAAUGUUCUCGUCACUCGUGGAGACCGCGAUCGAUGAACCAGCAACGUGCGCGUAAUCUCGUUUAUUUUUACCAAAUGAUUUACAUAGUUACCUAACCUUCGAACACCAUGCCUCCUCGACGCUUUCAUUGUUAAUUUCACGUUCAUGGUCGCGACGUUCGAGUGGUUGACAGUGGAUAAACAAAAGUGGAUGAUUCGAGGCAAGUGUUCUAUCAAUUAUUUAUGAAAUGAACAAAAAUGAAUCGACCAGCAGAUAUGGACCCCUCGUCGGCGCCAUCGAUGAAGGGACAAGCAGUGCUAGGUUCUUGGUGUUCGCUGCAAACACAGCAGAGGUAUUAACAUAUCACCAGGUUGCCAUAUCGCAGUCGUGUCCAAGAGAAGGAUGGGUCGAGCAGGAUCCUGUAGAAAUAUUGAAGGCGGUUAGAGAAUGCCUCAAUCAAACUGUGUUUAAUCUAAGACAGCUUACCAUAGACCCUAGCGAUAUAGUUGCAAUUGGUAUAACGAACCAAAGAGAGACCACGGUUGUGUGGGACUCCGUCACAGGGGAACCGUUAUACAAUGCCAUAGUAUGGAUGGACAUGAGAACCACGUUGAUCGUAGACAAUAUUCUGAAGAAGAUACGUAAUCAAAACAAAAACUACUUGAAGCCCCUCUGUGGGCUACCCAUUAGUCCAUACUUCAGCGCUUUGAAAUUGAAGUGGCUGUUAGAGAAUGUUCCAAGAGUUCGAGAAGCAUUAGACCACGAUCGAUGCAUGUUCGGCACUAUCGAUUCCUGGCUAAUUUGGAAUCUAACUGGAGGACCACAUCUCGGAGUCCACGCCACAGAUGUCACAAACGCCUCCAGAACCAUGCUGAUGAACAUCACAACUCUAAAAUGGGAUCCCACCUUGCUAUCAUUCUUUGAUAUACCCUUAAAGAUUCUACCAGAGAUUCGUAGCUCGUCAGAGAUAUACGGUUACAUUCAAGAUGAUAUCCUAGCUGGAGUUCCAAUAUCUGGGUGUCUGGGUGAUCAGCAGUCAGCUCUGGUGGGCCAAAUGUGUCUAAAGAGAGGCCACGCGAAGAGUACCUAUGGCACAGGCUGUUUCCUUCUAUACAACACUGGAACUGCUAUCGUAGAUUCAUCCCAUGGUCUCUUAACAACAGUUGCUUACCAGCUAGGACCGCAAGCACCAACCAUAUAUGCACUCGAAGGUUCCGUAGCCAUAGCUGGAGCAGUCGUUCAAUGGUUGAAAGAUAAUCUUGGAAUCUUAUCCGAUAUAAAAGAGUGCGAGACUCUUGUUGAACAAGUUCCAGCCAGUAAUCACGUCACGUUCGUGCCUGCGUUCGCUGGAUUGUAUGCUCCAUAUUGGAGAAAAGAUGCCAGGAGUGUUAUAUGUGGAAUUACCGAAGAAACUGAUAGUUCGCAUAUUAUAAAAGCAGCAUUGCAAGCCGUUUGUUUUCAGACGAAAGAUAUCUUGCAAGCCAUGAAAGAGGACACUGGAUUAACUCUGUCUAAAUUGUUAGUGGACGGUGCUAUGACCAACAAUAAUUUGUUGAUGCAAAUGCAGGCCGAUAUCUGUGGAAUUCCAGUUGUGAGGCCUUUGAUGUGUGAGACCACUGCACUUGGGGUUGCCAUUGCUGCAGGAAGCGCAGAUGGCAUACGCAAAUGGGAUGUAAAGAUAGAUGUUGCUGUACCUAGCGAUACGUUCUUUCCUUCCAUUUCAGAAAAUGAGCGAGAUAUAUUGUAUACCCAAUGGAAAAUGGCCAUUGAUCGCAGCUUGGGAUGGGAACCAAUAGCAGAUACCAAUGAUGACACAAAGAACAUCCACAAGGCAACCGCCCCUGGCAUUUUCGUGAUAAGUACAAUCGUUCUCCUCACGAUUGCAAAGUAUCAUUCUAUGUUAUGACUCCGCGAGUGCAGUACCAUGUACUGUACUCGUAAUGCAUUUAGGCAGGUCUGCCAUCGAGUGUUAAAACAAACGUGAUGCAACUGUACUGGUCAUUAUACUUUGUAAAAGUAACAUUUAGCUAUAGGUACGAGAAACAGAUUUAAAAACAAAUACAAAUAAAGGUGCCAUAAUAUUGUAAUAAUUUUAAUAUCUGCUGGAACAAGAUAAAUCAAAGGAAU